UAACAGAUCAGCAGGCCCCGCACUGCCCAUUAUUCCCACCGGCACCGCCACCACACAUACUGUUUUAACGGUGUACUGUAGGGACGUCCACCGUCCUAUUCAACUGCCAUUUCCAUUUCAACCAGAUGAUGACUCUGGGGCUCCUCCCUUCUUUGAAGAACCCUAAUUUCCCCCGUGUUCACUGCUUCACACCCACCAGUAAUUUCAAUCUUUCACCAAAGACCCUCCAAUUCAGCCACACUCAUUUCAAAUCUUUCUUCGAGGGCCCCAAGUUCCUGUCUUUCAACCACUCAGAAAGUAAACAUGCUCACUUUCAGACCCGUCGUUCUGAUAGAUUAGAAGACUCCAAUAAAGAGACCGUAAAAGCAGUUUUGGACCCGGAGGAAGGGGAUGUCGGUGGCGGAGGCGAUGGUGGUGAUGGAGAUGAUAGGAAUGUGGAGAAGAGUAGUGGGUUAUUGCCAGAAUGGCUGAAUUUCACUUCAGAUGACGCCAAGACAGUUUUCGCAGCAUUGGCCAUAUCGCUGGCCUUUAGGUCUUUUGUAGCUGAGCCUAGAUAUAUUCCUUCGUUGUCUAUGUAUCCCACGUUUGAUGUUGGAGAUAGGAUUGUAGCUGAAAAGGUCUCCUAUUAUUUCAGGAAGCCCUGUCCCAAUGAUAUUGUGAUCUUCAAAAGCCCACCAGUUCUUCAGGAAGUUGGAUACACAGAUGAAGAUGUAUUUAUUAAACGGAUUGUUGCCAAAGAAGGUGAUAUUGUGGAGGUUCACGAUGGAAAACUGAUUGUAAACGGGGUAGUCAGGAAUGAAGAUUACGUUCUUGAAGUCCCCAAGUAUGAAAUGAAUCAAAUUCGUGUACCAGAGAAAUCUGUUUUUGUGAUGGGUGAUAAUCGAAAUAACAGCUAUGACUCUCAUGUCUGGGGUCCCCUUCCUUCAAAGAAUAUAAUAGGGAGAUCCGUGUUCCGCUAUUGGCCUCCGACCAGAGUUGGCGGUACAAUUCUUCCAGAUGGCUGCAAUAUUGAUAAACAGGAGAGUAGUUUAGCUUCUCAAUGAUUACCGCCAUCACUGUUGAUUCAGUUGGAAAAUUGGAAUCGCAUUCUUUCAGAUUGCUGCACCAACGACAAUAGGAGAGUAGGUUUAGCUUCAGGGUGAUACCUUGGUCGCUGCGGAUCCAGUUGGAGAACUGAUAGUGCAGCUCUUAUUUUUCACUCUGCUCUGAAACUCACAUCCAAGUGUUUAGUUGGAAAAUCAAAUGAGCAGUUUUGAUUUUUCACUCUCAUUUUUAAGCGUCAAUUUAAUGUGAGCUGUUGUAAGAAGAUUUUAAAUGAAGUCUCUUAUGGAUAAUGAACUUCAAUUUAACGUAUGGCAUAUUGCAUUUUUUGCUUGUUGCAGACUUUAUCUGAAUGAAAAGAUUCUAUGCUUGGGAAA